GACUCGUGUCCGAAUCGACCAAGAAAAAUACGCAGACAAAAUGUCAUCCAGUGAAAUAUACCGUUAUUACUACAAGACCUCCGAGGAUUUGCAGGCAUUCAAAUCGAAUGCGAGCGAGACAUACUUCAAUCCUAUGGGGGCUUAUAAUCCACCGCCGCUCCUCAGCGUUAAUCUUCAUCCGCACAACCAACAACAACAACAAUACAAUUGUACACCCGCCAGCAAUUUCUUGCCAACCAAUGGCUUCAUCACUUUCGAGCAGGCAUCCUCCGAUGGUUGGAUUACCUCCUCGCCAGCGAGUCAUCGCUCCGAGAGUCCCGAAUAUGUGGAUCUCAAUACAAUUUACGCUAAUGGCACACACAAUGGCGCCCAUCCACUCCACGCAACCGUCACGCAGUUCGGUUUACAUUUGGAAUCACCUUCGGCGCCCACUAUGCCACAAAAUGGAGUGACAACAACAACGGCACCCGCAACUAUGGGCACAAAAAACACUGCCACAAAAGCAACCAGCAACAACAAUAGUGGUACAACAACCAAGACAAAGCGUUCCUAUACACGCCGAACACCAAAAGCCGCAGCGCCAGUCACAACAGCCGCCCAGUUGCCACCAAUCUCCAGCGACACGAUCGUUUCCAUUGCAACCAGUGCUGCGGCUGCCAUCAGCGCCAAUCCGCAUAUCGUCACCAACAAUGCCUACACACAUGAUUUCCAUAACUUUGACUUUGAUCAGGCUGCAGCAUUAUUUGAUGGCGACAGCGUUGAUGACGAGGAGGUGGACGAUCAUAUGCUGCUCUUUGGUGCAGAUGACGACUUCGCUGAUGGCGCUGACGGUUCCUUUGAGCUUACCGAUCCAUGUGUUCCAUUGCAACAUGGAAAAGAUGAUUCAACAGCAGCCACGCAGGCAGGCACUAAGAAACGUCGCGGCAAACAAAUCUCACCGGUGAUUAAGCGGAAGCGUCGCUUGGCGGCGAAUGCACGUGAACGUCGUCGCAUGCAGAAUCUCAAUCAGGCCUUCGAUCGGCUACGUCAAUAUCUGCCGUGUCUGGGCAAUGAUCGGCAGCUCUCGAAGCAUGAGACGCUGCAGAUGGCACAAACAUAUAUAGGGGCGUUGGGAGAUCUGUUGCGCUGA